CUUUUCGCAGAGAUAAUGAAAACUCAAAGCAAACGUUUAUCUGAUUGUUUUAGUUGAUUGUUAAUUGUUUAUGUCAUAUAAUGACGAUUAUUCAUCAUUAAAACUAUCAGAAAAGAGGUUUUUAAUGUUUUUAUUAAAAAUGUUUUAUCAGGGGUACCAAAAAAACUAAAUCAUUGAAAAAGUCUGAUAGGAGCAAAUAUUUAAGUAAACAGUUCUGAGUGUUCUGACAAAAAUUAUUGCCUAAACUAUUAUUAGUUAACUAGUUUAUUCUCGUUUAAUUGCUAGAUAUUACACUUGGCUCAAAAUGGUUUUACAAAUAUUAAGUACUUGUCAGAAAGUAGUAAGUCAAGCUAAAGAUGUGCAAAUCAAUUCAUCAAACAUACCAGAAUUGGCUCUAAAGAUUCAUACAUUAAUAGAAGAAGAUAAGUUAACUCUUGAUGAGUUUAAAAAAUGUCCAUUACAUCCAAAAAAUGAAGAUGAAGAAGCAAUUAAUUGGAUAUUUAUUGUUGAUUCUUUGAACUAUUGUUUUUUUGAUCCCAACAAUAAAUCUCAUUGGAGUAUAACUUGGAAAAAUGAAAAACACACAGGAUAUUUUGGUUUGUGUGCUGCUAUCAAUAGAGCUAUAGAAAAAGGAAUAAAUAUGACUGAUAUGAAUACAUGUUUGGAAUUAACUAGACAGCAAUUGGAUGAAAUAUUAUUAGGAGAUGAUGGAGCAACUCUUCCACUAUUACAAGAAAGGUAUUUGUGUUUACAACAAUCUGCAGAUGUGUUGCUAAAAAAAUAUAAAGGAAACUUUGUGAAUUGUAUAUUAGAAUCAAAUCAUUCAGCUCAGAACUUAUUAGAAAUUAUUUCUGAAAAUUUUUUUCAUUUUCGAGAUGAAUCUAUUUAUAACAACCAACCAGUUGCUAUUUAUAAAAGAGCUCAGAUUUUGAUUGCUGACAUUUGGUCAUCAUUUAGAGGUUCCGGCUUUGGUGAAUUUCAUGACAUAGAUACUUUAACCAUGUUUGCAGAUUAUAGAGUCCCCCAAGUUUUAUUAUAUUUUGGUAUUUUGAAAUAUUCAGAUGAUUUAAAAGAUACUCUCAAACAAGGUAUUCUUCUUGAGCAUGGAGCACCAGAAGAAGUGGAAAUUAGAGCAGCUUCUAUUGUAGCAGUUAAUGAUAUUGUAAAUGAGGUGAAAAAAUUAAUGGCAAAAAAAAAUGUACAUAAGAUUUGCAAUUCUAUUAUGGUUGAUACUUAUUUAUGGGGUUAUCGAAGAGAAAAUGCUGCAAUGUUGGAAGACACACCAUAUCACAAGACAUUAAAUAUUUAUUAUUAAAACUAUGCUUUGUAUAAAUGAUUUUUGUUUUAUGAUAAUUUUUUGCUGAUACAUUUUCAUUUUUUAAAGAACAAAAUAAAUAAAUAGGAUAUUCUUACUAUCUUA